CAUUAUUAUUAUUAUUAUUAUUUAGCUUCAUGGUCAAAUCUCAAUGUCCGUUAAAGACAUUUAAUAAAAUGUGCCCAAAACUUAGCUUCUAUAAUUAACAGGAAACAGAUUUGGAGCUGAUUUCUUCAGCUGCAGCCUGUGGAAGACGAGUAGGGCCACUAAAGAGAAAAUUAUUUAGAUUUUGUCUCAGAAUUCAGAUCAGUUCUGACCUUUUUAAAAUAUAUAUAUUUUACUAAAUCUGAAUUCUGACUUUUGAGAAAAAAAUAAUUAUUUUUCUUUUCAGUGGCCCUAACCCUCUUCCGCAUAAGCAGUUUGGUUAUAAUUAGAUUAUAUCUGCCCUAAAAUAAACCCCAAAAACUUUUUAGUUUAAGGAAUUACUAAAUAUGUUUGAACCAUUAUUUUUUCCAGACAGAUCUUUGAACAACCUCAAUUUAUAGAAACAGAGAUUAGUUCUGAGCAGAUGUUUGGUUCUAAACAUGACAGACAUCAGGUCUUCCCUCCACCCCAGAACCUCUGGUUGCUGCUGCUGGUCUCAGCGUUGGUGGUUGGACCUCCAGGGGUUUUGCAGAAAUGUGUAUUUGAUGAAGUUCAAGCUCAGGUUGGCGUGGCGACUCUGAAGAAGAGGAGCGUUCUGGGAGAAUUAGUCCGACGUCGUCCCAGCCGUCCACAGCCAAUCAGGAUAAAGACCUGGACUCCCAGAGAGAGCGACAGCCUGUCGGAGGAUGAGAGAGCGAGACUGCAGGCUGCAGUGGAAGAGGCGGUGAAGACGGUGUCUUCUUUACUUUCAGUGAACAGGACUGUAGGACCACUGCUGCUCAGCAGAGAUGUCAACAAAUACUGCAAGUUCCUCUGGAAGAACUCAAGUAUCAACUACAACAGAUGUGGAAGAGCCAACAUAAACUACAGAGCUGAGACUUGUCUGGAUGUAGCAAUCCCAGACGACCACUUGUCUGGAUGUGAUGUUUACCCAGAAGCUGAUUCUCCUCUCAGAACUGUUCUCAGAUCUGAGGGCACUGGACUCCCCGACACCGACUUCCUGCUUUACAUCAACUCCCAACUCACUGAUAAGUGUAGAGCCGAGCCUAACGUGUUGGCGUAUGCAGUCCACUGUCAGACGGACUCUCUGGGACGACCUGUAGCUGGUCUGGUCACCAUCUGCAGGGACAGACUGACUGGAGACACGUACAACCACCAGACCACAGUGCAGACUGUGAUUCAUGAAUUGUUGCAUGCACUUGGUUUCUCCAAAGAUCUCUUCAACACCUGGCGAGACUGUUCAUCCCAAGGAGGCUCUCUGUGCUCCCCUCGAAAUAAAGUGGUUCACCCUGAUGGACAAGGCCAGAUGAGGAUUUACACCCCGUCCAUCAUCUCAGCUCUGCAGGAACAUCUAGGAUCUGCUGAUCCUGAACUUGGAGGACCUCUGGAGAACCUGGAUGCAUCUGCAACCAGAGUGUCCUCUCACUGGGAGGCACGGGUCCUCCAGGGGUCCAUCAUGGCGGCAGUGCUGGGUGAUCCAACCACAGUCCGGAUCGACUCGAUCACCCUAGCUGCUUUGCAGGACAUGGGGUGGUACCAAGUGGAUCAGAGCCGGGCUCAGAGUCUGGUUUGGGGAGAUGGUGGAGGAGCGACAUUUGGUUCUCUGUCAACCUGCAAAGACAACUCCUCUUCCUUCUUCUGCACUGGAAGUGGGGUUGGGUGUCAUUAUCUCCAACUCCACAAGGGGGAGUGUCAGACUGAUCCGUACCUGGAGGGAUGUCGGAUCUACAAACCGCUCAGGAAUGGAAGUGAAUGUUGGAAACAGGAAAACAUCAAAUGGUCUGAUGUAGAGAACAGGAGUGGAGAGAUUUUUGUCUCUGACAGCCGUUGUUUCUUCUCCAGCCUUCUCAGACAGGCAGACUUUAAUCAGACCGGCAGCUCCGUGGAGGGUCGUUGUUACAGACACAGGUGUACUGGACCCAACAGGUACCAGAUCCAGGUAUCUGGUUCUGGAUGGGUGGACUGUCCAGCUGGACGUGCUGUCCAGAUAAAAGGCUACCAGGGCUCUGUUUCCUGUCCAGACAGGAGGUUAUGUCUCCACCCUGAUGUCACUUCUCCUUUAGAUGAGAGCAGCCCACAUCCUGCUUGUGUCACAUGUGAUCCGUCAGCCCAGAGCAGGACCUGGACUCUGCUGGGAUCGCCUCUGAAGGCCGCUGUGGCCACGUCCCUCAGCUUCACUGCUGCCGGGUGUUUCUUAACCACGCUGAUGGUCUCAUACAGGAAGUGGCGACGCUGUGUCAUCAGGAUCCAGGCGGUGGCUCCGGAGGAUCAUCAGCUGUAGAAAAGCUGCCUUUAAAACAACAAACUAACAAUAAACAUUUGAACAGA